UGGGGGCCGCCGCGGCGUGCCGGAGCGCCGCCGCCUUCGCCGGCUUCUUCACGCUGCUCAUGCUCCUUGGCACCGCUGAUGGUCAGUCGAAGCUGACCUCCGAGCAGAAUGCCAUCAGCCUCUCCCCUGGCAAGUACCGCCACUUCGACCAUGCCACCAACAAAGAGCUGAUCUGCGACAAAUGUCCCGCAGGAACCUAUGUGUCUAAACAUUGUACGAAGAGUACCUUAAGAGAGUGCAGCCCUUGUCCAGAUGGGACCUUUACUAAGCAUGAGAACGGCAUAGAGCGGUGCCACCCUUGUAGAAAACCCUGUGAACUGCCAAUGAUUGAGAAAACUCAUUGUACUGCCUUGACUGACCGCGAGUGCACUUGCCUGUCUGGUACGUUUCAGACGAACGAUACCUGCGUCCCUUACACGGUGUGCCCGGUCGGCUGGGGCGUCCGCAAGAAAGGAACCGAGACGGAAGACGUUAGGUGCAAGCCGUGCCCUCGUGGUACCUUUUCUGAUGUGCCUUCUAGUGUGAUGAAGUGCAAAACAUACACGGACUGCUUUGGGAAAAACAUGGUGGUCAUCAAGCCAGGGACGAAGGAGAGUGACAACAUCUGUGGUUCUCCAGCAUCUCUUCCAAACACGUCUUUGACUUCGUCAGGCACCGAAGUGGGUGAAGCACCCUAUGAAGUUCCACUCACUGCUCAUCUUCCCAAAGGUCUGAACUCUUCAGUUCCCGAUUUUGUCCCCUCUCCAGCGCCACGCACAUCCAGUGGCAUGGCGGAGCUGGCAGGCUACUACAACGAAACCUCGUUCAACGAGACGGAUGGUGCCGGUGGGACCCUCAUGGGCUCCGGCACCACCAGCCAGGCACAGAGCUACCGGCACAAGCAGACCAGCCAAGCGCUGGAGAAGCAGCCGUCGCUGGAGAUGGUGGGAGGCGAGAAGUCCAGCGUCCCGUACAGGCCCCCCCGGCGAGGUCCGCAGAAUGUCCACCAGCACUUCGACAUCAAUGAACACUUGCCGUGGAUGAUAGUCCUCUUCCUGCUGCUGGUCCUGGUGGUUAUUGUUGUCUGCAGUGUCAGGAAAAGCUCACGGACUCUGAAGAAGGGACCCAGGCAAGAUCCCAGUGCCAUUGUGGAAAAAGCUAUUAUGAAAAAGUCCACCACCCCCACGCAGAACAGGGAGAAGUGGAUCUAUUACUGCAACGGGCAUGGCAUCGACAUCCUGAAGCUGGUGGCAGCCCAGGUGGGGAGCCAGUGGAAGGACAUCUACCAGUUCCUGUGCAAUGCCAGCGAGCGCGAGGGCGCUUUCUCCAACGGCUACGCGGCCGACCACGAGCGCGCCUACGCUGCCUUGCAGCACUGGACCAUCCGCGGGCCCGAGGCCAGCCUGGCCCAGCUCAUCAGCGCCCUCCGCCAACACCGCCGCAACGACGUGGUGGAGAAGAUCCGAGGCCUGAUGGAGGACACCACGCCGCUGGAAGCUGACAGACUGGCACUGCCGGUGAGCCCCAGCCCGCUCAGCCCCGCGCCAGCCCCAGCCCCAAGCCCCCAGGCGGCUGUCCUCACCGUGGAGCCCUCUCCUUCGGAGAAGAAAUGCUUCUUUGUCGACGAAGCAGAGCCCCUCCUGCGGUGCGACUCGACCUCCAGCGGCUCCUCCGCGCUCAGCCGGACAGGCUCUUUUAUUACCAAAGAAAAGAAGGACACCGUCCUGCGCCAGGUGCGCUUGGACCCUUGCGACCUGCAGCCCAUCUUCGACGACAUGCUGCACAUCCUCAACCCUGAGGAGCUCCACGUGAUAGAGGAGAUCCCGCAGGCCGAAGACAAGCUGGACAGGCUAUUUGAGAUCGCCGGAGUCAAGAGCCAGGAAGCCAGCCAGACCCUCCUCGACUCUGUCUAUAGCCACCUUCCCGACUUACUGUAGGCACUGGGUCACCACGCACUCUCCGAAUAUCUGCUAGAGCUAGCUUGGCGCUCGUUAAGACGACCGACAAUAUGCAGGCAGGUUUUGUUGUAGAAUAUAUGGCCAGUAUUUUCGUUGAGGUGUCCUUGGUUUCUGGAGGGGGGGCAGUUUGCCAGCGUUGCACCCCUCCACCUUAACUAUCGCUCAGUCCAAGUCUUUGCACCCUCUGCCCCCUUCCCGAGCAUCUCUUCUCCUUGUUCUCAUUCCAAUCAGAUCAGUCGAUGCACUU